AUGCAUGAUGUGCUUAGAAUAUUUUGGGGCUUUGUUAUCAUCAUUUCGACAUGGAAUAUUAUAUCGAUUUUUUUGCUGACUCUAACACGCUUCUUUUCGGAUUCAAUAAGUAUUGGCAUUGAGACAACAUUUCUUCAUUGGAACAACACAUUUCCGGCAGUAAGUUUCUGUCUGACCAAAAAUCGGUCCAGCAGUCGUGUUAUGGAAUUUGUAAAAACUGAAAAAAUUCCACACAAAGUAUCGGCAACUAAUUAUGUUAAGAAUCUACACGAUUACAUGUUUACCAAUCCGAACAAUAUUCAUUUCAAGGAAGAUUAUUGUGAUGGCUUGAAUAAUACCUGUGGCGUUGACAUAUUAAGAGUAAGGAAAGAGCUAUUACCAAGUUCGUGUGAGGAUUUUAUGACAAAUGUAUCAUUCCGUGGAGUAAUGUACGAAAAUUGUACACAUAUUUUUACAUUUCAUGAAUUGGAGAUGGGUUAUUGUUAUUUGUCCAAUAAUUUGAUUGACUAUGAAUCAUUUAACAAUUUACCGUUGAAAUUUGAUAUUUCACAUAAGGACAGGAGCCUGAAAAUAUAUUUAAAAGGUGGUUUCUUAUGGAAAUAUGAAAUGUAUGUGCAUAGUCCAGAGGAUUUGCCCUAUUUCAAUUCAAUUACAUAUGAUGCUUUUUCGGAUCCUACGGUAUACAGAUUCAACGUUGAGGAAUACGACAACAACCCAGAUGUUAAACAUGAAUCAAUUCAACAAAGAUCGUGUAAAUUUCCAGAUGAAAGAGAUCAUGGAUCACCAUGGCAUUAUAGUUUUUCAACUUGUAUGUCUUAUUUAAGAAUACAAUUUGAAUUGGAAAAAUGUAAUUGCACCCACUUUACUUCACCUAAAACAUAUAAAUCACAAUAUUGCGAUACUAAAGGUUUAAAAUGCAUUGAAGAAGCUCAAAUAUCUACUCAAACCAAAGAAUAUGUGGUUGAAAACAAUGCAUGUUAUCCCUCCUGUUUGGAGCAGCAAGUUACAUUAGUUGGCACCAAUGAAAUUAAAAACACAGAAAUUUCAGAUAUGUUUUACGUUGAGGUGAGAAUAACGAAUUUGCCCUCUGUUCGUUAUAAUCGAGUUGUUACCCAAACAUAUUUGGAUUUAGUAGGUAAAAAGUGAUAAAAAUUUGUUGCAUAAAAUGCUUAUAGUUUAAAGUUUAUAAAAUUAUUUUCACUAGUUUCUAUUGGAGGUGUCAUUGGACUAUUUGCUGGAGCUUCUGCUUUAAAUAUUUUUGAAAUAUUUUAUGUAAUAUUACGUAGAAAUUAAUAAUAAAACAUUUACAAAAAGGAUUUAAUAAUUUUGCACAAC